AUGCCAGAGCAAGCCGAGGAGCCAAAAGACCACCCUUCGAUGUCAUCUCAAGACGAAGAAGAAGAAGAAGAAGAAAAAUUUCUGUCAGUGUUGGGGAAAGAGUGGAUAAAGAUUGGAGAUGAGUAUUUCCCAAACCCUGUAGCAAUGCCCCCAUCAGAACAAUUCAUCAACACGGAGGAAAUUGAAACAGAGCCGUCGGUUCAAUCUGGAAAGAAUAUGCAGCGAAAAAGAAGAUUUGAAUCUGAAAAACAACAAGAAAAUGUUCCUGAGUUGCCAAAUGAAAUUCCCAACAAUGCGUUGCUCAAGAAUCAUAGUCAUAAGUUGAAAGACAAGUAUGUGAAGCUGCAAUUUAUAAACAGGGGUUUUAUGUCGAAAACAGAGGAGAUGGAAGAAGAAGAAGAAGAAAAGUUGGCAUCGCCCUACAGUUUUAGAACCUCGAGGAGGUACCUUUAUCGUGAUUAA